AUGGAAUCUCUUCUUGCAGGAGAUUCCUUACUGGCCUUUGCAUUCGAAUUCAUGGCCACUGCCACCACCGGCGUGCUGCCAGGCAGAGUACUGGCGGCAAUCGGAGAAUUAGCAAAGUCGAUAGGCACAGAGGGUCUCGUGGCCGGUCAAGUAGUGGACCUACACUACACUGGAAACAAUCAAAAUGUUGGGUUGGACACUUUAGAAUUCAUUCACAUACACAAAACUGCGGUUCUAUUAGAGGCUUCCGUGGUUAUGGGAGUGAUUCUUGGAGGAGGAGACACUGACCAAGUCAAGAGGCUAAGGAUCUUUGCCCGGAAAAUCGGGUUGCUUUUCCAAGUGGUGGAUGAUAUUUUGGAUGUGACUAAAUCAUCAGAGGAGUUGGGUAAGACAGCCGGUAAGGAUAUGGCGGUGGAUAAAACAACAUAUCCGAAACUAUUAGGAUUGGAUAAGGCUAAGGAGUUUGCCGUGAAGUUGAAGGAUGAGGCAAAGGAGCAACUGGCGAGCUUCGACCGGGAUAAGGUGGCUCCUCUAGCGGCAUUGGCUGAUUACAUUGCGUAUAGGGAGAAUUAA